AAGAGAUCUUUGGCGUAACGUCUAUGUUAUGUAGCGGAUACAUGUCGCAUGGUAUAUCUUGAUCCUACUGCUAAUGGCAUUAGUUCCCGGUAUAUAGUCAAGCCAAUGGAGCAUGACAUCAUGUUACCGCGACCGGAACCGCCUGCACCACAUCCGCAUCCAGCAUUGGAGUCCCAUAACAGAUACGGAAGCGCCAUACAAAAUUUAAACGCAGGCGCACCAGCUCCAGUUAGUUCAACAGUACGCGCUCGAGCGAUGCAAUUGCAGUUGCAACGAACAGAUGCACGAGCGAUGAGGAAUGGUCGAGUGAGGGUCGCCGCAGGUAGCGCUACAAAGACAACCGGGAAAAGUGGAGGCGGACCUGUUUCAGUUGAAGAUGGAGGAAAAGCUCCUUUUGUAGUGCAAUCCGCGACCAUGAGAAUGAGUUUGAAUGAAGAGACGCCUUUCCCUCCACGCGUCGACAGGAAGACUUCGUCGGUGAACGCGGUCCGCGUACCGUACCAAGGGCGUAAUAUUGCGACAAAUUACAAGUUUGUUCCACCUGCCGCUGCUAAAUACUAUCUAUGGGACACUACAAGUGUAGGCCCGACGCAUCUUCUCACUUCCGAUCAGCUUUGUCCAGACAACAUUCGCCUGCAAACUACAGCUAUUCGCGCAAGUCUGUCUUUAGAUCGCCCGCCGGUUGCAACAACAUGGCAAGGAGUAAUGUUGCAGGGCUUCUUCAUCGGUCGCUACGUACCGCUGCAGUCGAGUGUUAUCUUAGAAUCUGUGCACCAGUUGAGUACCAAGGCGCUCGUGCUGGAUAGAUUUGACGCUGGACGAAGGUCCUCGCAUACAGAAGUUGGAUUAGAGCCUACAUUUGUUACCGGUGGAGAUGCUGUAGUUACAGUUCUCCGACGAGUGCAUGAUGACAAAGAAAUGAUGUCACAGGAGACAGGAUGCUGGUCAUCGAUGGAGUAUGGAUAUGUUUUCAACACUUUGCGAGAGCGCCUUAAGCGGCUAGAUGACUGCGCUAACUUGGAUAUCGCUACUGUGGUUCUCAGUAUGGAUCUGGACAAGUCAUUCCAACUCCAAGGAUUAAAAUGCCAGGCGCUAAUUCCCGAUGUGAUCCUCCGCGCACACCUGAUCAAUCCUUUGAUGAUUGUGCCCACAACUUUGACAACGGAUCUGUUGAAGCCACUGUCUGUAGCGGGAGAACAGGUUGAUUCUGGCUAUGUCGCCAUUGACCAAGCGCGUCAUGUACUCACCCUUACCUGCAAUGAUCCUAUGGCAACAUCGCUGCCUUUAGCCGGAAUUUGGGUGAAAGGCGCGCGACAUAUCCGAGACCCGAGUGUACAAUGUGCUUGCAUUCGGUAUAUAUGGAAUUCAGUCAUCAAGAAGUUGGAUAUGGGUAAAUCGCAAGUGUUAGUCAUCAUAUUCCAAAAUUUCACAUCUGGAACACCCCAGUUUUAUGAAUGCAAUUAUGAGAUCAGCGAAAUUCCAUUCGCUCUCUACGAAGCGUCGUUACCAGUCCCGAAAGAUGAGCACAAAGGAGACCUGAAAGCAUGGCAGGACGUGCUUUCAGUCAAUAAUGGAUUUGAGCUUAAGAAGGUCAACAUUCGCGAAUACUCUGGCGCUUGUGAAGCUAUUGAAAGCGUUUUUGACAUCCCAGUUGCAAAACGCCAAGUAUCGAGUUUAUCUCCACCCGCGGCGGUCGUUAAAUCAUCAGCCUCGCCAUUACGUGUUGCGGAUGACAAGAAUGUGGCUGACAUUGCGAUCACCGUCGACACCAAUGCUUCUAUUCCCUGGUCAUCAACAGACGACGCCAAUGCUUCGGCUCCCUCUUCAUCAACAGACCAGGCAGAAGACAGAGCGUCAUUCUGUGAUGAUCCUGGACAGAGCGUACGGGUGGAUCAGGAACCGAAGACAACCGCAGUAUCUGUUCCACGUCAGGGCGACACAACUCAAACAAAUGACAAUGAGGACGUCGUUGUUAACGCCGUGUCAGAGCAGCAACAGUCGUAUCUCAAGUUCCUCCAGCUGCAAUUAGACAUGCUUAAAAUGCAAAUGUCAGGCAAACAGGCUGCGAGCUCCUCCAAGCUGCAGUUUUGGCCGAUGAUCCCGAUGUUUCCUUCCCCAGUCAUGUUGACGACGUCAACGUCGUCUGAUCCUGUUACUAGACGUACGGACGCUCGUAUAGGUACGGGAUGCGAUGCAGCAACGAACACGACGGUAUAUGUCGGGCAUGACGAUGUGCAGGCUCCGUUCUCGUCCAAAGAGUCCCAGCAAGCAGCUGAAAACAAGGAAACACAAAUUCAUGCAGUCUCUGAGAAGGCGGAUUCCUCACCUCCCACCCGCCGAAAAUCAAACAACGCACCAGCGGUGACACCCACGCUUGGAACUACUGAUCUGGAAUCAGUAUUAAAGCGUAUUAAUCAGACUGAUAUCGAGCGAACAUACCAUUUACCUGCGGACACGGGUAGUAACUACGAGGCUUUCUUCCAGUAUGACCCGAUUACAGAUGAGGAAGAAAAACAGACUCAGGAGGACAUUGUCCCCGGGCACAUGGAUAUUGAACAGGAUGGCAAUGAAAUUGCAAUUAAAUCAUCAUUAAUUCAAGGGCGUAGCGAAUCUAUCAAAAGACCAACAUCAACUGAUGAAACAAAAUCUCCGCCUACUGCGGACGGUCAUUGCAUGAGAUCAGAAAUCCGGGAAGUGACCGAAGGACGGACCCCCGUCGGAACGUUACUACGACGAGUAGCGGAGGUGCUAGAAAAGUCGCACGAGGAUCCUCUACAAGAUGACGUUGCCGUAAAUGUGUCAUCUGUGGAGGAGGUAGGAGAGGGCAAGACAGAAUUGAUACAUAACAGGAGUGUCCAUGGAGCAAAGGAUAUCAUCGCACGGUUAGCGAGCCAUCCAGAACAAAGCUUCAUCGUCAUGGCUGACCACGGUGAUUUUCCCUGUGAAAAUCUUGUGGAGCAGUCAGUUGUGCUCAAUACACCAAGGAAACAGACCAUAAGGUCUAGUCCAGCCGUGGAUCGAAACGAUGUUACCGCAAUUGUCCGGAAUUCGAAGCCUACACAGCUUACCGCUUCUCAAAACAAGAACGAGACAACCUUGUAUCCCGUUAUUGCAUCGAAGAUGGAACCCAUUUACAGAAAGAAUCCGAGAAGCCCCUUAAAGAUACUACAAAACUCAAAUCUGAAGGCUGCCGAGUCCGACCCUGAUACAACUUGUGAACAGUUCUCCCGCGCGACGCUCGAAUAUCUGCAUAAGUACGGACUGCUGGAUGCAGAAGAAAUCCCCGACGUUAGGGUGGCAUUUCAGACUUUAAAUACAAAUCGUACGGAUUUGCAAGAUUCUGUAAGAGGAGACGGUGAUGCUUACACGCGGAUACUUGAUAUUACGCGAAUUCAAACAUUACCGAAACUGCAUUGAUUGGAGAAAACCUGGGGGUGCUUCGUCUAGUUACAAUAGGCUAGAUCUAGUCAAAUGUAGCCUGCCUGCGCCGUCUAUCCUACAUAACAUGAUACUACAG